UCAGCAGCCCAUUCAACGUCAUCCUGCAACACUCUGCAGAGGUUGGCCCUGAAGGUUCUUUAUUUUGUUUGAUCUGGGAAGACAAUAAAUCGAUGGAUUGGAGUUGCAGCAUCAUUCCAAUAGACAGUAGUCAGAGUGUGUGUUCCUGUGUUUACCAAGAAAUCACUGGUCAAACGGGGUUUACUGGAGAGCAUUUGGACAUGUUAAUCGUGGUGGUUAUGCCAGUGGGGUUGUUGUUCCUGAGCUUGACCCUACUGACCUUUGUUCUUUGUCGAGGACAACUAAAGGUCAACAACACAGCUCAGGUCAACCUGUGUAUAAGUCUGCUGUUGGCCCACCUCCUCUUUCUGUUCAAAGGGGGAUUCCUAAAGUACAUAAGUACUAAUCAGUUGGCGUGUGCAGUGCUGGCAGGUUUGCUGCACUUCCUCUUCCUCUCUUCUUUUGUGUGGAUGUUCAUUGAUGCUGUUCUGCUCUUCAUCUCCGCAAAGAACCUCACAAAGUUCAGAUCAAAGCAGAAGAGGAUGCUUGGUUGGAAAUAUCUGACUGUGAUUGGAUAUGUUAUUCCUCUGCUUGUGGUGGGUGUGUCUGUUGCAGCAGUGCCUAAUGGAUACAGCAGUGAAGAGUAA